GCUACACCCUUCCUGGAGCGAUGGGAGGUACUGCCGCCGUUAUUAUUUUCCUGUCGUGAGCCCUGUCAUCAUUUAUUUCCCACACCAGCAAUCUGAUCAGCAUAUUCAUUAUGUUUUCCCCCGUGACAGAGGCCGAGACGCGUCAGAAAUUGCUGCGCAAUGUGAAGAAAGAGGUGAAACAAAUUAUGGAGGAGGCAGUAACGAGGAAAUUUGUGCACGCAGACAGCAGCCACAUCAUAUCCUUCUGCGCUGUAGUGGAGGCCUGCAUGCUUCAUGGACUGAAGCGGCGUAUUGCAGGCCUGCUGUGCAGUAACAAGGUCGCAGCACUCUUCAUGAAGGCGGCAAAAAGCUUUUCGCCCGCUGAGGAACUCUGCCACAAGGUCCAGGAGCUGGAACAGAUCAUUGAAAACAGCAAGCAGAACAAUUCUUCACUGAGUAAUGAACGCAGUCGGCAAUCCAAGUUGGCGAACCUCCCUCCUCAGGCACUGAGACACCUGUGGAUCCGGACUGCACUGAUGGAGAAGCUCCUGGAUAAGAUUGUCCUGUACUUGGUGGAGAACAGCAGUGCCUUCUAUGAGAAAGAAGCCAUGCUGAUGGAUCCUGUUGAUGGGCCGAUUCUUGCAUCUCUAUUGGUUGGCCCUUGUGCUUUGGAGUUCACCAAAGUUAAGACUGCAGACCAUUUCUGGACGGACCCGUCUGCUGACGAGCUCGUGCAGCGGCACCGCAUCCACAGCGGCCACUGUCGGCAGGAUUCACCCUCCAGACGGCCUGCCUUGAUCCAGAAGAGACAGUCCAGUGGUAGCAUGGAUGACCGUCCUAUCAUGUGGGUGAGGGAGUAUGUUGAAUCACUCCAUCAGAACUCCAGAGCCACACUUCUGUUUGGAAAGAACAAUGUGCUGGUACAGCCGAGAGAUGACAUGGAGGCCAUCCCAGGCUACCUUUCUCUACACCAAACUGCAGACCUCAUGACACUGAAGUGGACGCCCAAUCAGCUGAUGAAUGGCAACGUGGGGGAACUAGACUCUGAGAAAAGUGUUUAUUGGGAUUAUGCUAUGACAAUUCGUUUGGAAGAGAUAGUGUAUCUCCACUGUCACCAACAAGUGAACAGUGGAGGGACGGUAGUUUUGGUGAGCCAGGAUGGCAUCCAGAGACCUCCUUUACAUUUCCCCAAAGGUGGACAUCUCCUCCAGUUUCUCACCUGCCUGGAGACCGGCCUGCUACCUCACGGACAGCUGGACCCACCGCUCUGGAACCAGAGAGGAAAGGGAAAGGUUUUCCCCAAGCUGCGGAAAAGGAGUCCACAUGGCUCUUGUGAUUCUGUAUCCGAUAAGGAAGAUGAUGAAGCAACCGAUUAUGUGUUUCGGAUCCUCUUUCCUGGCAAUCAGAUGGAGUUCAUGGCCCUGGAGCUAAUGGAUCAGGGUGUAAACAUGUGGCAGCCGACGCCCAGAAAGUCCUCCUGCUCCUCCUGCUCCCAGAAUGGCUCCUCUGAUGGCUCUUUGCCUAAUGGCUGUAAUCAGGAAAGGGCUCCCUUAAAGCUCCUCUGUGACACCAUGAAGUACCAGAUAAUCUCCCGUGCUUUCUACGGAUGGCUUGCAUACUGCCGGCAUUUGUCCACAGUUCGUACCCAUCUGUCUGCUCUGGUCAACACCACUAUAGUUGACCAUAAUAUGCCCUGUGAUGCCCGAGGAGGGCUCUCUGUGGAAGUCUGGGGCCAGUUUCUCAAAGAUAGCUCUGCAUUUGAGGAAGAGGAGAUACACAGGCUUGUGUAUUUUGGUGGUGUGGAUCCAUCACUACGCAAAGAGGUCUGGCCCUUCCUGUUGGGACACUACCAGUUUACCAUGACUGAGAAAUGCCGGUUGGAGAUUGACGAGCAAAUGCGGGUUAUGUAUGAGCAGACUAUGAAGGAGUGGCAGGGUUGUGAGGCCAUUGUCCGUCAGAGGGAGAGAGAAAAACACGCUGAGGCCAUCGCCAGAUGUUCGUCUGGAGCCAGUGUGGAAAGAGGACCGGUACAGCGGGACUCCACCAUUAGUACAGAUUCAUCUCUAAGUAGCAGCUCUGAUCAACAGAAUGCCCAUUCACAAAGUGAUUCCAGCAGCAGCCCACAGGUGUUUGGAUCUGUUGAGGCAGUGGAUCAGAUUGAGACUGAGCCCAGGGCUGAGGAAGUACAGCCCAGCAGUCCACUGAAGGACAUCACAAGUGGCACUUCAGAUGCACCACAACUUCCCUCUCCAGGUCUGUUAAAUCAAGGUCCAGUUUCAGAAAACAGCCCUCUUGUGACAGAGCCAGCUGGUGGAUCUGCACUCUCUGAGAAGUCAGAGGCAGCAUCAGAAGUCUUACAUGAGAAAACUGGAUUACAGCCAGGAGAGGAGGAUGUAAAGGACCAAGUAGUCAAAGAUGAAGUUACAGAGACAAAGAUGGAGACAGUCUCAGAAAGUGAGGCGGUUAAGGAGUGUGGAACCAGUAAGACACAAGAGACAUCUGAAUCUGAAGAAAAACCUGUAGAAGUAGAAGAAAAAGAUACAACUAAAAAUGAGCAAAGUGAAGAUUUGAAAGCAUUAGACACAAAUAGGAAUUUAAGAAGUGUUCCAGAGAGCACUAAUGUUCUAAAGCUAGAAAGAGAGAUUCAUAAUGAAUAUUUCCAAGCACCUCCACUUGGCCAGACCUUGAGUUUUCAAGCACACAAGAACAAAGAUCUGGAAGUGGAGCCAUUAUAUCCACCUACAGCAGACAAAGAUACUAAUCCAGAGAGUGAAAAAAUGUCGGAGACUUCUGAAAAACCUGAAGCAACUUUUGAAAAAAAGGCCUGUAACACAGAGUUAGAAAGAAAGAGUGCUGAAGCUACAGUUUGUGACUUGGCUGAAAUGAAAAAAGACAAAACUGCAGAAAUUCCGUUUGAGAAACCCGGUUCGAAUUCACCUGUCAGACAAGUCCUGCACGCUCUCCAGUCAGCAUCAAGGGGCAGCCUUUCACUAUCGUCCCACUCUCGGCAAUCUCCGGACACAGCAGAUUCGGAUGACUCUCCUUCGGCCCUGGAAAUGGAGGACAUUCCUGCAGGGACAUGCGUGACCUCUGAGGAUAUCAAGGCCAGGCCUUUGGCAGGCCUCGCCGCACCACCUGUCUCCCUUGCCCAAAGACAGAAAAUGGCAUCAGAGGGACUCGUCCUAGAUCACCAUCUGGACACAGCCUGUAACACCAGUCCUGAGGGCACAGACCUGGGUCUUUCUGAAGAGGAGCCUGAGUUGGAAAAUGUGCUCACUGAACCAGAAUCUGCAGAGAUGGGAGGUGACGCCAAACAUGACGAAUCCUCAGAAGAACAAACCUAUUCUCAAGAAACUCUGGACAUGUACUUGAUCAAUCUGCAUCGCAUUGACAAAGAUGUCAGACGUUGUGACAGAGCAUAUUGCUACUUCACUCCUGAGAACCUGGAGAAGCUGCGUAACAUCAUGUGCAGUUACGUGUGGCAGCAUCUGGACACAGGUUACGUCCAGGGCAUGUGUGAUCUGCUGGCUCCUUUGCUGGUUAUUCUAGACGAUGAGGUCAUGGCAUUCAGCUGCUUCACUGAACUGAUGAAGAGGAUGAACCAGAAUUUUCCUCAUGGAGGUGCCAUGGACUCCCACUUUGCCAAUAUGCGUUCCCUUAUCCAGAUCCUGGACUCUGAGCUGUUUGAACUGAUGCAGCAGAAUGGAGACUACACUCACUUCUACUUCUGUUAUCGUUGGUUUCUACUUGACUUCAAAAGAGAAAUGGUGUAUGAUGAUGUGUUCUCUGUGUGGGAAACAAUCUGGGCAGCCAAGUACACUUCAUCUGAGCACUUUGUCCUCUUCAUUGCUCUGGCACUUGUGGAGAUGUAUAGAGACAUCAUCCUAGAAAAUAACAUGGACUUCACAGACAUCAUCAAGUUCUUCAAUGAAAUGGCAGAGCGACACAACGUCCCGCAGGUCCUGAUGAUGGCUCGAGACCUGGUCAACAAAGUGCAGACGCUCAUAGAAAACAAGUGAUGAUGCUGCUCUGCUGCUGUGCCCAUGUUUGCUUUCUGCUAAAUUAUUUCAAGAUACUGACACAACACCAUAAUAGUCAUGUAUUUAAGAGGAAAUAAAUAAAUGUUAAUGAAAUGCAGUUAUUGGUAAGUACUGAGAAGACAAUUAAAUCUGAUCAUUUUAAGAUUGUUGUAAAACAACUUCUUUCCAGUUGCUCCUGUCUAUAUCCAGGAGAUGCAAUUAUUUCCAGUAAAUUUAUUAUUAAAGUGUUAUUGUUCACCCAGUGAAUGUACCCUUGUUGAAAAUGCUUCAGGAUGUUAUUUAUUUUGCCUUAAAUUGAGCAAUUUUUCAGGGAUACAGCAACCAAAUUCUUCACCGUAUUGUUCUUCAAACUUGAUUUUUUCCAGUUAUACCUACCACACAUCUUGUGAUGCACUUGAAUACAUUUUCAAUAUUAUUAUUAUUAUUAUUGCUGAAAUUGUAGCUACCAUGAUUAAACAUCUUGUGAUGCACUUGAAUAUAUUUUCAGUAAUAAUGUCUGGUUUUAUUAGAUGAUUUGGUUUUGUGACGUGAGCGGUACAUUAGAGGAGGUUGUGUCCAGGUAGCAUGUGCGGUUUGCUUCUCAAUAGCCAUUUUGAGGACCACUUAGGCUUCUCUGAGGCUCUAUGGUCCUCUUCCUGUCUGAUGCACACAAGCUUGCAGGAUAUCCAGACCGAACCUGUGAACUCUUUGCAGUUUGGCAUGAGUGCACAUAGUUUGCAUUCAGUAUCGUGCUUUCUUCAAGUUCUUUGUGCUCCUUUUAUCACUGUCCUCCUCUAUGCAUUGAUUAGCUUUUAUGUCCUGACAGAUUGGUUCUUGCUGGUUCAAAUGAUUAAUGCAGACACUCAGCACAUUCUUCCCACUUAAAAACAACACAGUGCUGCUUAUGCUAAAGAAUUCAGCUGUUUUCUCAUUAAGACAGUACAGUGCUAACAGAUUCUACUUCCUUGCAGCAUUACAGAAGCGGCUGCAAAGACUAAUUCUGAGUGGUAAACUCAAAGGGGUGUGCAGUGAAGGCAGCGUGUUUCCUUUGCACUCUGCACUUCUCUUUUUCACUUUCGCCUUGAGAUCAGUUUCAUGGUUUUCUGCCUUUGUCUUGCCCUGCCAACCUUGGUUGCCUUGUCUUUACCACACACACAGUUCAGUGUUUUUUAUGCCCAAACUGUUGGCAACAAGUCUUGCUGAUAUUUCCUUGAGUAACUAUACAUUUCUAUUCACAUUAACCCAAGAUCCCUGUGUUCAAACCUCCUUAAAAUGAGUGUUCCGAGAAAGGACCCUCCACCUUAAUGUGUUUAUUUUUAUCUGGUGCCCUCCUGUUCCUGGGAGGAUCCUCUAUUUGGCCAGACUGUAAUGGUCACAAGAUUUACUACUGCACACCUCCUCAUUGUUCAUUGUUCAUUGUACUGUAUUAUAGUGCUGCUCAGACUGUCAUAGCUUCAGUUACUUGUAAAUUUGAUUUCUUUGAAGGCCUCAUCAGGUUUUCAGGUCUUGAAAGUACCAGAAGGUUGAAUUAUUACAUGUAAAGGGUCAGUUCAGUGGUAGCUUGUCAGUGGUGUGUAGCCAUGCAGUUAAUUUUGGUUUUUAUGUGUGUAUGUUUACACCACUGAAUAUUUUGCUGCUAAUCCAAUACAGUAGAGGUGAACAGAAUUUAGCUGAAACUGUCAUGGACAUAUUAAUGUCAAAAGUUUCAUUGGUUUAAUAAGGUCUAACAGGACAGAAUAAGGUCUUUGAAUCUGCAGAAAUCAUUCCAGAUGGAUACUGUCAAGUCUCAGCAGAUAAAUACAAAACUAUCUACAUGGCUAGAUGCCAGCACAAGUAUGUCAGAAUAGAUGAUUUAUUGGUGCCACUAACAGUUGCAAAAUAGCCAAACACCCAUGAUUGGUUCACUGUGGCUUAAAUACCAGUGUUUCAGUACCACUGCUAAUGUGUCUCCAUAUGAUCUUCUUAAACAUGCCUGAGUAUUGCUGUUUGUGUAUUGCAGUGUUUGUUGUCAGAAGAUUUAAAUGUGUUAAAAAAGAAACUAAGCUAGUACAUAUUUAUUAAAUGCAAUACAAUGUCUGUAUAUGGGCUUCAUCGGAUUAUGAACAGAGAGAUAGAAAUAUGCCAUUGGAAAUAAAUAUAUUUUUAUUUUUUUCUGUGUCUUCUCAAAUUGUCACCUGGUAUAAUUCAUUUAUUGCGUAUUAAAAUAUUAUAUUUUG